AUGAGCGAAGGCCUCUCGCCGCCAAGGAAGCGCGCGCGUCUCCGCGCCGAAGAAGAGACGACCGCGACGACACGUCCGUCCGCCGACGAGGCCGCCGCCUUUGCCAGCAUGUCCAGUGACCCGCAGGAGGAGCCAGAACACCGUGGAAGACUCGCCAUGUCGUCCUUUCUGCUAAUGGGGCGAGGGCGGCUCGACGCGCAAAUGCCGGCCGAAGCGCUGGCCGAUCCGACGUCCGCUGAGGCGCUUUCGGCCGCUGCAGGCGCACUCGAGGCGCUCAGUACCAGCGUCGUGCCAGUGGAUGAACCAAUGCCUAUGGCUGUGGCUGUGGCCGCCGAGGAGUCGACGACCGACGACGAAGAACUGCAACAGCUCUCUAUGGUCAAAUUGGAGCCCAUGCUGGGCGCACCGGAAGGCUCAGUGGCCGUGGAGCUCUUGUACGAGGACGUGGUAAACUUCCUCUUUAAUAUGGCGAGAGAACAGAAGACACAGCAACUCCACAAGGGCAUGCGCACAGUCAGGAAGGCCAGGAACGCCGACGAGCUGCUCCCGAGACUGCUUACGGCCGAGGAUGAGACAGGUUUAACACUGCUAAUGAUCGGCGUGCGCGGCAACGACCGUGUACUGUGUACCAUGCUGCUGGAUGCAGGCGCCGACGUGAACUUCAAGACCGAGAAACGCACCUAUGCUCUUCUGCUUGCGGCCCAGAAAGGCUGGGAGGAUAUGACGAGGUUUUUGCUCGAGCGUGGUGCUAACGAAGAGUCGAAGAAUAUGGCACUCAUCCCAGCCGCUCAUUUUGGACAUUUGCCAGUGGUUAAAAUGCUUCUGGAAACCGGAGGCAACCACAAUUACGCCAAUAAGAAGGGCACAACUCCGCUGAUGCGCGCGGCCCAGGAAGGACGCGAAGCGGUGGUCAAAUUUCUCAUUAUGAAAGGUGCCGACACGUGCGCUGCUAAUAACGAAGGGAUGACGGCGCUCAUGCUCGCAGCUCAGCGUGGCCACGCGAAUAUUGCCACGACGCUAAUGAAAUCCGGCUCAAAUGUGAACAAACAGACGCGACAAGGCAGCACGGCGCUGUUGCUUGCAGCCAAACGCGGCCAUACUGCAGCAGUUGAAGCGCUGAUGACAGCCGGCGCUGAUAUCUUCCUUAAGGAUGAUCGAGACAAGACGGCGGCCGAGACGGCGCAGCGACGAGGACACGUGGACUUGUUCUUGAAGAUUUCGGUGCAGAACCAACUCCGAUUAAUGCGCGAAGACCUCCGACGGCAGAGGUGCUACACGCUAAUGCGUUUAUCGACGCUGUAUGUGUUAUCACGCGCGGAGCUGGCACCGGCGUUCAAGAACCAGAAACGACAGCAGUAUAAUGCGCUGAUGGACCGCACGUUGCGUCUGCCCAAGCCGCUACUGCAGAAUAUCGCGCUGUUCCUGCCGCUGUGCCGCAUGUGGGACCGUCAGCUGCGCUAUCUAAUUUAUGAGGCGGCGCCGCAGCCCAACCGGGUGGUACAGCAAGGCAUCCGCAUCUUGGACGAAGUAUUGCUGAGUGUAAGUCUGGAGCUGCGACCUAGUCUGCAUCGUAUCAAGCAGGAGUGUGGCGGACCGCUGCAUGUGACCGGCCAGCUCGGACUGCUACGUGACAGUCCGGAAUACCGCGGUCUGUUUACAAUGGAGUGCCGGACGCCCAUGUCUCCGCGUAUGCUGCAUCAACUGCGACGUAUGGCCGAUAUCCAAGGUGCGUUGUCCUCGUACGCCGCCGGCUCUGCGAUCCAGUUCGGCGUGGAAGUGGCACAGGACGUGGUGUCGCUACUCACUGACCUGCUGAACUGGGAUUCUGGCCGAAGACAAGCCGAGCUGUUGGAGUGA